AUGUCUUCGCAUGCCUCUGCACCAAACCAUCAGCCAAGCCUCAAGUCUUGGCAGCGUCGGGCUCUCGACAAAGGUCGAACACCCUUGCCCGAGAAGCCCGGCGCUCGCCCAUCAGCGACCAACUCCUCUGGGACUUUCCAAAGCCAGAUUUCCUCUGGCAACCUGGCUCCUGCAUCUACUCCGUCCACUGGUGAUGGCACCAGCCAAAGUGCCGCCCAGCCAACCACCAUCGCCACCCCCUACUCUUACAGGUUCUGGUCUGCCGGCGAGGUUGAACGCCUCAUCCGCUUGAGGCGCGACGGAUUGGCCUGGAUCCAGAUCAAGGAUCACUUCCCCGACCGUUCGCUUGAGUCUCUCAAGCAAACAUACCACAAGCGACGCGGAGCCGUUGAGGCUGAGAUGGAUACGAGCGUGUGA